AUGAUAUCAUCGAAUCAUCAUUCUGAAAACGACUAUUUAUCAUUAAUAACAUCGUGUAAAUGUUUACCAAUUUUAUCUUGUUAUGAUCAAUUAACAGAAUUAAAUUUAUCAAAUUUACAAUUAAUAAAUAUCGAUUCAUUUUCAUUUGAACAAUUUCCUAAAUUAAAAUCUCUUGAUUUAUCUUAUAAUCAAAUAAUAUCAAUUAAUCCAGAUUGGUCAAAAUUAUCUCAAAAUUUCAUUGAAUAUUUAAAUUUAAGUCAUAAUAAAUUAGAAACACUUUUAUUUCUUAAAGAUUUUAAAUAUUUAAAAACUUUAGAUAUAACAAAUAAUAUUCUUCGAAAUAAUGAAAGAUUUUUAUCAUUAUAUAUUUGUCCAACAAUAGAACAUUUAAUUGAUUCAAAUCAAGAACAAAUUCAUAAUGAUCAAUUAAAACUUGAUCAAUUAUUAUUAUUAAUUGAAACAAAUAUUGAUAAUUUAUGGUCGUUAUUACAUUAUGAUAAACAUAAAAAAGAUGAUCAAAUACCACAAAACUUACUAAAUGAUUUUCAUCAAUCAAUAAUAACACUUAUCGAAAAAGAAAACAUAUUUUCUCAAUUUCAUUUAUCAUUAUUAGGAAAUUAUUUAAUUGAAAAAAAGAUGAAUGAAUUUUAUUCUCAAUCAAAACGAAGUUUGAAAACAUAUUUAACUGAUGAUUUUAAUCAAUCAAUUAAUAUCAAUGAGAAAUCAAAAAUAUUUUUUGAACCAUUAAAAUUUCUUCGUUGUCAUCAUAAAUCUAAUGAUGAUUUAUCAACAAUAUCUGUAUGUAUGUGUGCAUUUGAACCAAAUACAUCAAAUAAUAUAUUAGCAACAUGUGGUGGUCAAAAAGUAUGUUUUAUUAAUUGUGAUACAUGUGAAAUAACACAUCUAUUUGAAGUUGAUCUAUUACUUUCGACAGUAAUGCUACCUAGUCGAAAAAUAAAAGAUAAAAAUAGAAAAACAAAUGCAGAAUAUUUUUCAUGUUUAUGUUGGAUUGAAAUUGAAAAUGUAAAUGAAAAUUUAAAAGUAUUAGCUGUUGGAUCAAGCAAUGGACAUGUGUAUCUUAUAUCACAAAAAUGGAAUCUUAUGUUCGGACAUAUUGAAUUGUCUGCUUCUUCAAUUAGUUGUUUAACUUGGCAUUCAUGUAAUCCAUAUACAUUAGUCGUUGGUUCAUAUCAUAUUGUUCGUUUUAUUAAUAUUCGAUCAUAUAUCGAUCGACUUCAAUCUUUUAUACGUAAACAAAACAAACCAGCUGCACAAUUUGAUUAUGUUGAUUCAUCUAUGUUUAUUAAUAAAGUUCCAAUUACACAUAUCUAUAAUCUUUAUAGUGGUUAUGGUCCACUUAUUAAUAUAACUGAUUUACUUUUUUGUCCAUUAUCGAAAGAUAAUAUUGUUCUUCUCGUUGGUACAACAUCAGGACUAUUUAUUAUUAAAUAUCAAGAUAAACAAGAACAAUUACCUAUUCAACUUGCAUUUCCUAAAUCAAUAUGGACUAUAAGUGAACAUAUUGAAUCAUUUUGUUUAAUUAAUAGUUCAACUUAUUUAAUUGCUAUGAAUAUUCUUGGUCUUGAUCAAAUUUGUUGUUUUGAUCUUCAACAAUCACUUAAAGAUCAACAAUUACAUAUUUUAUUCUUAUUAUCAAAUCCUUCUCGACAAAUUUCAACAAGAAUAUCUACAUUUUCAAUGAAUAAUAAAAAAAACAAUACGAAUGAAUCAUUUGAAUGUAUUGUUGGUAGUAAUGAUAAUUCAUUUUUUUAUCAUCAAAUUCAAACAUAUAAAACAAAAAAGUCAAUUUUUAAAAAUAAACAAUUUAAAAUUUUAUGUGAACAAAAUGAUACUUCUGAAUCAUUCAAUAUAUUAUCGACUAGUCUAAAUGAACAUUAUUUAUGUUUAACUACAAAUAAUAAUCUUAUAUGUAUACAUAAACGACAAUAA